UUCUUUACUUAUGUUUGUUAAUAUUAUAAAAGCAACUGAUGUCAAAGCAUAUUUUAACGCGUUUUUCCAUUCUCUAACUUAAUUUGUUGAAUGCGUAAACAACGCAAAUAUUCAUUUAGCAUCACAACUACGCUGCUAGUUAUACUACGGACAGUAUAAAAGUGACUUCGCUGCUCGUGUUUACAGUCAUGCUUUUUGCUAGCAUGAGAAAUACUGAAGACCUGAAGGAGUAAAGAGGAGACUGACGCAAAAUCUAGUUCAACUGUCAAGUUAAUCUCUUCAGACAUGUUUCCUGAAUUGAACAGUCUUCUCAAUGCUUCUCCAGACAGUUUCAAACCUGGGGACUUUAUCCUGCUGUCUGACAGACAAGCUGAUGCAUCGUUUCUCAUUCAUCACUAUCUUUCUUUCUAUUUACGUGCUGGCUCUAAGGUGUGUUUUCUGGGUCUUGUACAGUCCUUCAGCCACUAUAGUGCUGUCAGUCAGAGGCUGGGAGUGAGUUUGACCCAGGCGAGAGAAAAAGGCCAGCUAGUCUUUCUGGAAGGACUGAAAGACUCUAUUGGAGCUAUUUUAAAGGAGGACACCAGUGAGGGGACAGAAGCUUUAAGUUAUCUCAGGUCUCCAGGUGCUGGACUGGAAGGCCUCUUCAGAUUUGUGGAAAGAUCAUUGUGUCAGAGCGGAGAUGGCGGUCCUCCGGUGUUGAUCAUUGAUGAUCUGAGUGUGCUUCUGAGUUUAGGUGUCAGUGCUGGAGCAAUACUAGACUUUACUCUCUACUGUCGAGCCACCGUGUGCUCUGAGUUACAGGGAAAUAUGGUGAUUCUGGUGAGGUGUGAGGAGGAGGAUGCUGAUGAUGAAGAGGAAUUAAACCUGCUCCAGAGGGGACUAGUUCAUGAGUGCCAUCUGGCAUUACACGUGGAGGGUUUACCCACGGGCUACUGCAGAGACAUACACGGACAGGUGGAGGUUUGGUGGCGACAGAGGGGAAACGCUCUUUAUAACCAACGACAAAUAUUUCAAUUUAAAGUUCAUGAUAAAGGAGCCUCGUUUUUUACCCGAGGGACUUCUAGAGCAGUUCUCUGAGUUCUAAUUCGAAAGUUUUCUGUUCAUAUCGCUUACUAAAAUAAUGUAUUGAUUUAGUUUGUUUUAUUAAAAUACAUCUUUAGCGCUU